ACACCCCACCAUUUUGCAUAACAAACCAAAACAAAUACAAACCAGGAGACUAGGACUUGUGUAAAAAGCUGAAAAUGACGUUUGUGAACGUAAAUAUUGUGGGGCAAAGCACGUUUUUAUUACGACUAACAUGGACAGAAAACAAUGGAGAAAUAUCACUGUUUGAUUAUGGAAAGUGCAAGACUUGGAAAGGACAGAUAGGAGAAGAGAAAAGCAAAAAAAUAGCUUCACUUUUGAAACUGAACAUGACCGACUACAAAUCUCAACUUGAACAAGCUGUGAAAUCUUCAUCUACAACCCAUUCCAUCACUCUCAUUGAUAAUAAUCUUGCUAUUAAGAAGCAAACUUCGAGUGGUGUUUUGUUCAAUAUUGCCGUCAUUCCACUCCAAGAAUUAGAGUUUACAACAACUCUUCCAGAAUUCAUGGCAGAGAUUGACAAAAGUAUGACUCAGAUGUCUGAUGAACUUGUUGCAAAAGAUAACCUCAUUGAUAAGCUCAACAAAGAAAUAGAAAAGCUGAUGACCAAAUACCAAGAGCGGGUCAAAGAUGUAGAAGAACUGACACCAAGAUUGUACGCUCAGUUUAGCAUCGCAUUUAAUCAUUUAAAAGAGAGGCUUAGUGCAGAAAAUCCUGGUAAAACAGAGGAGUCUUUACCAAUCGAUCAUCGCAUGCAUGCUCCGGAAAUCAACGAAAAAUCAAGUAGGCCUUCUACGUCAAGAAUAGACUCAGACUAUGAUGCAGAUACUGAUGUGGAUACAGACUCUGAAUAAAAUCAACAAACCGUUUUUUCUGAGAAUAUUGCUCAUCAACAGCAAUACGAAUUGCAUUCUUAGGAAAUCCACAAAUUUCUAAAUUCUUUUUAAGUCAUCAGAAUUCCAUUUGAAAACUUCACACAAUACUUUUAUGUAACUCCCUACUAGGCAACAUUCAAAUGAUACAAAAAUGAGUCAUUAUAGCCUUUAUCCUAUCAUGUGAAAAAAAUGAAAUGUAAUGUACAAAAAGAAGAAAGAACGCGUGAUUUCAUUUA